CAUUUCCCUUCCUAUCGACUUUAGCGCAACGAACGGAGAUAAGAGAAAGAGCCGAGUCGCCGUACGUGUGGACAGGGGAGCGGGCCGACUGCAAUCCUAUCCGUUCGGAGAGCGGAUGAAGAGUUGUAGGGCUGCUGAAGCUCCCAUUGUUGAAUGACGUCUUCAACAAAUUGUUCUCAGCAACAGUAAGCUGAUGGCUAUCAGUUUUGAAUCCUCCCAGUCGUCAGCCAUGAUUCGACUAUCAGCUUCUCUCUUGACUAGAUGCCAACAACUCAUCACCUUCGCUCUCCAAGGCUAAGAGUUCAACCUGAAAGCUGUGCUUCCCCUUACGAUUACUGAUUUUUUUGUAUUCCUCUAUGAAAUUCCUUGCUGUUUUGGAGUUGCAAGAUCCACCCUCUUCUUCAUUUCAAUAGUGCGGAUUCUUGCCCAUGACACCCGCCAAAUGUUUGAUAGAUUACCUAAGAGACAGCUUCAUCUUUUGAGCGUCGAGUUUGGUGCUUGUUGCUGCCUUGUCUUAUAAUUUGCCAUCAACUUCUAAUGUUGCUAUGCAUGUGUACUGAGGACUUCGUCAUUGAAGUUCGUUUAUGAGCUUGGCCUUCCAGGAUGCUAUAUUCCAUCAACCAACCCACCUGUCUGCAUGCACGCCAACGGUUUGGUGCUUUGUGGAAAAGGUGCUGAUUGUGUUGUGUUUAAGCAAGCUUGCUUUAUCUAUGCUUAGCAACCAAUGUGUACAUCCCAUGCGCAUGCCACACACAGCAAAUAAGAGAGAGACCCAAGCCCCUGUCCGUGUGGACAGGGGAGGGGGCCAACUGUUCUCCAUUCAGAGAGCUGAUGAAGAGUUUAAGGGCUGCUGAAGGUACUUUGCUUGUUUGAGGCUAGUCGGACGAGGUAAUUAAAUUUAGUAACCCCUGGAGUCUGUGGAGGAACCAUGGCUUUAAUCUAUUUCCGAUGUAUCAGAAUGAACCGUCUUUUCCCCCACCCAUCAUCUCCCUUCACGAAGAAAAGCAGUGUUCUUUUCUGCACAUUGCAAGCCUCGCAUGCCCAGGUCACUACACAGGUGGAGAACCUUCAAAAUCAAAGUAAACAGAAAGAGAAAUUGAUUCAAACUGCAACUAAAAAAACAUUAGAGCACCACAAACAUGGGUAUGAAGCUAUUAUUGGUAUUGAGACCCAUGUCCAGCUGUAUACCCUUACAAAGGCCUUCUGUAGCUGCCCUUACCUCUAUGGCUCACGACCCAACACCACUAUCUGUCCCAUCUGCAUGGGGCUCCCAGGAACUCUACCAGUUCUGAAUUCAAAGGUUGUCGAGUUUGCUGUGAAAUUGGGCCUUGCACUCAAUUGUGAACUGUCCAUGAAUUCCAAGUUUGAUAGGAAACAAUAUUUCUAUCCUGACCUUCCGAAGGGCUACCAAAUAUCUCAAUUUGAUGUUCCGAUAGCAACAAAAGGGUUCAUUGAUUUGGAUCUUCCUGUAGAGUUUGGUGGUGGACAUAGGAGAUUUGGAAUAACAAGGAUUCAUAUGGAGGAAGAUGCAGGGAAGCUACUUCACUCUGAAGCAGGAAGUUAUUCACAGGUGGACCUAAAUAGGGCUGGAGUGCCAUUGCUUGAGAUUGUUUCUGAGCCUGAUAUGAGAAGUGGACUAGAGGCUGCAGAAUAUGCAGCUGAGCUACAGAGGUUGGUUAGGUACCUCGGUGUGAGUAAUGGAAAUAUGCAGGAAGGAUCUCUUCGUUGUGAUGUGAAUAUCUCUGUCCGGCCGAUUGGACAAUCACAAUUUGGGACCAAGGUUGAAAUAAAGAACAUGAAUUCAUUUUCUGCAAUGAAUAGGGCUAUAGAUUAUGAGAUAUCAAGACAGGUUCUUCUCCACAGUGAGGGUCAAAAUGAUCAGAUUGUACAAGAAACACGCCUUUGGGACGAGGCUGCUCAGAAAACUUUUACAAUGCGGAAAAAAGAAGGGCUUGCUGAUUAUAGAUAUUUUCCUGAGCCCGAUCUUCCUGAAGUUGUCCUCACGAAGGGAUUUGUUGAUGAAAUUCGACAAUCUUUGCCUGAGCUUCCAGAAGCUAAGCGUAGACGUUAUGAAAAAAUGGGUCUUAGUAUGCAAGAUGUUCUCUUCCUUGCUAAUGAUAACAGUGUUGCUGAUUUUUUUGAUGCUGCUGUCGAGAAUGGCGCCGAGGAAAAGUUGGCUGCCAACUGGAUCAUGGGUGAUAUUGCAGCUUAUCUGAAAAAUGAACGGCUAACAAUAGAUGAGAUCAAGCUAACACCAAAGGAGCUUUCUGAGCUAAUAGCCUUUAUUAAAAAUGGAACUAUUAGUGGGAAGAUUGGAAAGGAGAUACUUUUUGAGCUUAUAUCCAAAGGCGGGACUGUCAAGUCAUUGAUAGAAGAAAAAGAUCUAGUUCAGAUAGUAGAUCCUGCCACAAUCGAAGCAUUAGUGGAUAAAGUUCUUGCUGCAAAUCCCAAGCAACUUCAACAAUACCGUGGGGGCAAAACUAAGUUACAAGGAUUUUUUGCUGGUCAGGUGAUGAAGGAAUCCAAGGGUAAGGCAAAUCCAAUGCUUCUGAACAAGAUCCUCACAGAAAAAUUAAAUGCUGGGGGCUGAUAAUAUUGAAAAGAGGGCGAAGCUUAAGCUUAUAUGUAAUUUUCAUUCUGUGCUUACUAUGCAUAUGCACAUGCACAUUGAGUACAAAUUUAAGCAUGUGCUUGCCGUCGUGGGAGAGAUGAAGUGGUGAAGAUUCAGAGAGAAUGGUUCACCCAGUGUCCAUGUUUUCAUUCCAUGACUAAUGCAUGGUGUGGCAUCAACUCCUUGACUUGGGUCCUUAUUGUUCACUCUGAAGUUUUGUUGCCUUUUUGAUGUCUUGCUUGCAAAUGGGAAGAUGCAAAAGAUGCUUCUUUGAUGGUAUGAACUCCAUCACAAGUUGUUCUUAACAUCCCCAGUAUAAUUUUGAUGCAUCCUGUUGUAAAGAAGAUUUGCAAUAUCAGAGCUUGUUGGUCAUUGUCAACUGUUUCCCGAAUACUUGGAUGAGAAGGAUGCUAUGCAUAUUUUGUUCUCUAAUCUCCAAUUGGGCAGAAAUUUUUUUUUUCCCCCUCCUCACUUGUAAGUAUCAUUCUGAUUUGGCGCAUGGCACAUCUUGUAGGUUACUUUUAUUAUUAUUUCAUUUGGUUGGAGUAUUUUCUAAUGUAA